AUGCGAUGCGAUUCCAUCGGGCAAUAUGUUGUAUGGGGUCCGAGCAGCGAAUAUAAAGUCACGUGCAAAAAAGAACAUAUUUUUAAUGAAACGACUCGUAAUAGAAUCAUAGGUACUAUCAACAAUGUUAAAUCGUAUUUAGAACGCGUAUUAUCAGUAGAUCCACUAGAACAAACAAUCAAAGCUCGAAAUUUAACAGGAUAUUAUUCGAUACCUCCAACAACAUAUGAGAACGUAAAUUUAGUUUUCCAUAUAGUUGCACGACCAUUUAAUGACAAUUUUUACGCGGUUACACAAGUUACUCAAUAUUUAGAUACAUCAAAGCGUCCGCUUGAAGCUGUUAUAUGUAUAAACCCUUCUCUAGCACCAGAUGAAGUUCAAAAUGAUACUGCUAGGUCAUCAAACUUCUUCUAUGCAAUGUUACACGAAUGCAUCCAUGGAUUAGGUUUUCUCAACUCUUUCUACAAGUAUUAUCAUCCAGCAGACUCAUAUACACCUUACCAUCCAAACGCUUGCAGAUUUACGAAGCUUCGAAUCCAAAGAGUUUUUUUAAUUACUCCACACGCCCAUGCAUACGGUGUUCGCCAUUACGGAUAUGAAAAUAUUACAGACGAUAAUGGAAAUACAUGUCCUGCCGGUAUAGAAUUAGAAAAUGGGGGCGAAUCUACCCAAGUUUAUUCACAUCUUGAGCAGAGAGUGUUUUAUUCUGAUCUUAUGACUUCUGUUCUUGUUCAAUCUUCAUCUGAACCUUUCUUGAGAUUUACAGAUGCGACAAUGGCCAUUUUAUUGGAUACAGGCAACUACGAUGUAGACUAUCAUUAUCUCAGGCCAACAAUCUUCGGAAAUCCUGAAGCUUUUCCUAAAGAUUCCAAAGAUUUAGUUUCAUUUUCUUAUGGACCUCCACAUUUGUCUUUCCCUUCUCAAUAUGUCAUCUAUGAUCCAACAGAUACCAAAGAUUUGUGCUCUUUCGAUUACAAAUCAUGGGGAAACAACGCGACAAAUUAUAUUCCAGUUCCACCUUGCAAUUCAUCGACCACUUACUGCAAGAAUAGGAUGUUCUAUAACCCACUAGGAUAUGGAUAUGUCGGUGAUAGCAAUAUCUUUGAUUUCCAGAUAUAUAAAUAUUCUCAUACUUGUGAAAAAGGAUUUGCUACAAUCCCUGGUAAUCUUAAGUGUCUCAGGUACAAACUGACUGAAAAUAACGUUACGUUCAAGCUCCCUCUCGAUGUUAGAUACCCUCAACAAUUCGCAGUUUGUAAUGAAAAAAAUGACACAAAAACAUGGGUAAAUUAUUCAUAUUUUGAUAAGCACGGAUACAAGAAUUACGGGUAUUACAAGUGUCCUGACUUCGAGAGAUUCAAGAGGAGCAUCAAACUGUUCAAUUCUUAUUUCGAUUCCGAUCCAUUUGAUUUGAAUUCUUCAGUUUCAUACAAAACAGAAUCAGAUGAAAUUGAUGAUGGAGCAUUUGACAUGAAAGAAGAAAAUAAAACGGAAAUAAUACGUCCAACACCUCUCAUUGCUCAACAUACUCCUGCAACAAAAGAUGAUUCAUCUGGUGACAGCGUAAAUCCGAAUUUUUCAUACAUGGGAACACAUUUAACGAAAGCAACUUUCUGGGGAGUUCUUGCAUCUGUUGGAGCUGUUGUUGUUGUGUGUGGAACAUUGAUUUAUUUAGCAGGAAAGGUGUUUAAGACUCCAAUUGAGUCUAUUGAUGAAAAAGACAACAAAAUGGAGUUGGAACAUAAAAAGAAGAGAAAGAGAAGAACACAUAAAAAACAACAGAAAACUGAAGAAGAAAUGAAAUUAAAAUCAAUGAAUCAAGAUGAAGAAGUUAAACACCAACACAAACACAAAAGAAGGAAACAAAAGGAAUAA